GCUUUUUUUCAUUGUUUUCAGAUGUCACCUGUCAAAGAGCAUGUGUUGAAUGAGGAGCAGAGCUUUUGUGCCCCAGUUGAAGGAGUUAAGGAGGUCUGCAGACAUGUUGUGGUCACUUCAGCAAUAUCAAGCAUGGAUAAAUGUGCUGAAUGUGUGGGACCUGUUGCAGCUCUCAAGUGGAUUGGCCUGAGAUGUAAAUUGUGCUCCAGUUUUUGGCAUAAGUCCUGCUAUCUGAAGCUUCAUGAAUGGGAUGGAAGACGGUCAUCGUGUGAAGUAAGUUCAGAGGAAGAUGAGCUGUCAGAUGAGGAUUACAUACCUCAGUCAGAGUCAGACCAUCAGUCAGACAGUUCAGAUGAGUUGACAACAAGACCAGCACGUUACGACCAAGCUAAACUCUUAGAUAUACAGGAAGCUGCGUCAUCUAAGUUUAGUGAACAUCUGAGAUCAGAUGUAACUACCCUGAAUGUGUCUAAGGGCAAAGGAAAAGGAGUCCUGAAGGUCAUGGAAGCAGCAAGUGUGUAUGAUGAGUCUGAUUUAAUGUGUCAUGAGGAGCAGUUUACUGAUUUUGAGACAGACAGUGAAUCAGACUUUCCCAGAAAGCAAGACUCAGUGGUAUGCAGGUCAACAGAUGUGCUUAUGUCAUCACCUCAAUCACACAAUAGUAAGCUUUUGGAUUCAAAAAGCACAGUAACAUUGAGAGAAGAGAGGGAACGCAGCAUGGCUGGAGGUGAUCAUUGUGUGCAGUCACCAAAAAUCUCCUGUUCAGCAAAUAGGAAGAAUUAUUGUUACAUCUGUGGGAAACCUCAGUCCAAGUUAGCGCGCCAUUUGAAAACUCAUAUGGCUGAAGUUGAAGUUGUUCAGGCUUUGUCACUCCCAGUUCACUCAAAAGAACGUAAAGCAAUGCUGCAAAAGCUCAGGAACAAGGGCAACUUUCAGCAUAACACUGACGUUUUACAGUCUGGAGAGGGGGCUCUUAAAAUAAAACGAGCACCAAAAAGAAAGUGUGAUUCAAAGCAGUUUUUGCAUUGCAUGUACUGCAAAGGGUUGUUUGUACGGAGAGAUCUGUGGCGUCAUUUAAAAAGAUGUCCCUCAAAACCAGCAGCUGACAGUGAAGAGCAAGGGAGGAGGAGAGUCUUGGGCCUGGCAUCUAUGGCAGAGUCUUCAUUCAGUCAGCACAUAUCACAAGGAGUUUGGAAACUCUUAGGUGUGAUGAAGCAGGAUGACAUUUCCGCUGUGGUCAAAAAUGACCUGAGUAUUCUUCAGCUUGCACAGUCGUUUUUUAACAAACAUGGUCAUGACCCUACCAAAUUUGAGUAUAUUCGACAAAAACUCCGUGAAGUUGGAAGAUUGUUGCUGACUUUGCGUAGACAGUUUUCUGUGUACAGUCUUGAAGAAGCUCUGAAACCUGCCAAUUUUCAUAGACUUAUUCGAGCGGUUCAAAUGGUGUCUGGCUAUGAUGAUGAGAGCCACUGCUACCAAAGCCCAAGCCUUGCCCUGAAACUGGGGCAUUCGUUGAAUAAGAUUUGUGAAAUCAUUCAGUGCCGAGCACUGAUGUCUGAAGACAAGGAAUUGAUCUCAUCAACAGAGACCUUCAAAAAGCUCUACUCCUCAAAGUGGUCUGAGAUGAUCUCACACACUGCUUUGGUGACACUGAAUGAGGCCAAAUUUAACAAGCCAUCAACACUUCCCUUCACCCAGGAUGUCCAGUCUCUUCAUCAGCUCCUUGAGAAGACUGCAGAUACUGCUUUUCAUAAACUACAAGAGACUGCAUCUCCUCAAAGCUAUGCAGAACUGGCCAAAGCAACACUCACCAGAAUCAUUGUUUUCAACCGCAGACGUGCAGGAGAGGUCUCUAAAAUGCCGCUGAAGGCUUUCAAUGAAAGGGACGGCACUUCUCUCCAUGAAGAUGUAGCGAUGGGCCUGAGCAAGUUUGAGCAGAAACUCUGCAGCCAUUUCAGUCGAGUUGAGAUCAGGGGGAAGAGGGGAAGAAAGGUUGCGGUUCUUCUCUCUCCUGAUAUGGUCGAUGCCCUGAUGCUACUGGUCAGCAGGAGAGGUACAUGUGGAGUGCUAGACACUAAUACUUUCUUGUUUGCUCGGCCAAACUGCCAGAGUUACUACAGAGGCCAGGACUCUCUGAGGGUAUAUGCAAGGGAAUGUGGAGCUCAAAAUCCAGAAUUUCUCAGAUCCACUCAUCUUCGCAAGCACGUGGCUACGCUCUCUCAAAUCCUAAACCUGAAAAACAACGAGUUAGAUCAGGUUGCUGAUUUCUUAGGGCAUGACAUCCGUGUCCACCGUGACUAUUACAGACUGCCAGAAGCCACUACUCAGCUUGCUAAAAUAUCAAAGCUACUGUUAGCCAUGGAAAAGGGCUGCCUUCCUAAUCUUCAAGGCAAAUCCCUUGAUGACAUUGAGAUUGAAGAUGAGAUCAACAUGACCGAUUCUGAUGACAGUGAUCCUGAAGAAAGUGAAUCUGAUGAUGAGGCUCUUGCUGGAGCUGCGGGAAACUCCAGUAAUGCUGGUGUUCAGAAGAUGCCCAUUGAGAGCACCACUGAACUUCCUGAAGAGAGUGAGAGUGAGGCAGAAACUGAAAACCCACGGAGAGGGCAGAAGGUGUCCUGGUCAAACGCUGAAGUUACAGCUGUAAUGAAACAUUUUAAGGGCCACAUAGCUAAAGGAAAACUGGCCACACUGACUGAAUGCCAGCAGUGUAAAUCUGCUGAGGAUCCUGUUUUGGUGAGACGCAGUGCACAGAACAUAAGGGAUUUUGUAAGAAAUCGAGGAAUUAGCUUAAAAAGGAAAACCCAAAGCAAGUGAUGUUACAGUACAUUUUGUGUGUUCUUGAUGCCAUUCAAUUAACAUUAGCACUUUGGCUGUUGUUUUUAUUUCCCAUAGUGCAAUACUGUUAUGGCAGCAAUUCAUACGAAUAUCUCCUUGUAGAAAUCGAGGUUGACUGUUAGUUUGUCAAAAAUUACAAAAUUGUGUCAAUUUCUCAUUGAUUUUUGGAUGACCUGUCCCUUAAAGAGAAUUUAACUUCCAGAAUGAAAACUGUCAUCAUGUACUCACCCUCCACUUGAUCCAGCCCUGCAUCAGUUUCUUUCUUCUGUUGAACACAAAA